AUGGCGCGCGUUUUGUGGCUGGUACUGAUCUUGGGGGGAGUCCUAGGGGACAGCAACCACAUCCCGGGUAGCUCCCGAGGGAUCUCCUCAGGGGACGAGUUGGUAGCCUCUGUUAUCGAUAGUUGCUUCGACGGUGAUGAUCCAUUCUCCAAGUGCGUCAAGCUGCACGCGCUCAGCUACCUGGAACACCUAUCAGGAUCUCCUGGGAUAUCCACGCAAGGAGAAAAGAGGUCCUUGGAGGACAGUCACUCAGAAGAUGAAUCCCAACUCGAUGAUCUAGUCUUUGAGAGAGUCAAGAGAGUUCUGAGGAGUCACCAGUUCAAGGUUCAUCUUCCGGAGUUCUUUUUUCAAGAAGCGACGGUGACUUUCAAACCUGCCCAAGAAGAGUUUGAUGUCAGUUUUCCUGCAGCUCCUGAAGGCGAAGCUAGGGCCUACUCGGAAGCCAGGGACAUGAUGAAGCAGAAACUGCUGCUUCCACUGUUACUGCUCAUCAAGCUGAAGUUGAAGGCGUUGACACCGAUAUUGGUGGCCCUGGUAGGCCUCAAGGCCAUGAAGGCUCUGAUCCUGAGCAAGAUCUCCAUCCUCCUGGUGAUCGGGUUCCUAGCCGUGCAGCUGUUCAAGAAGGCCGGUAUGAUGCCCAUGAUGCCACCCAUGACCAUGGAACCCGCCGCACCUCCCGCCUAUGGCCCCCCUGCCCCCGCCGCACCAGCACCUCCAGUUACCAUGAGCUCGUACGAGCCGUCUUGGGAACCUGCUGGUGGCCCCUACCAGAGGAAUUGGGACACUCACCAAGUUGUAUACAGCGCCUAUGCCAACACCAACCCCCAACCCCAGGUCACCCAGCAGAGCAAUCCAAUAACGUCGUAG